AACACACAUUUUCCCCCAGUUUUCCGGAGUUUUGGUUAUAAAAUUUGUAUUAACUUUUUAAUUUCAUACAUUGUUUUAUAUUUUCAAUUUUUAAAAUAUUGUAUUUGUGUUCAAUAAACUCAAUACUGAUCGACCAAAAUGUGCGGGGUGGCAUUUGAUUUCGAUGACGGAAACAUUGAGAUCAUACGUAAGCCGGGAAAAGUGCGAGUCCUGGAGGGCGCCAUUUGGGACCGACAGGAUUUCGAUCUCGAUUACAAACAUGACGUACACAUCGGUAUAGCGCACACCCGAUGGGCCACUCACGGCGCCCCCUCCGAGCACAACAGCCAUCCCCAGCGGUCUAAUGAUAACAACGACUUUGUUGUGGUUCACAAUGGGAUUGUCACCAACUAUAAGGACAUCAAACAGUUCCUGAUCAAAAAGGGAUAUACCUUUGAAUCGGAUACCGAUACCGAAGUGAUCGCUAAGUUUGCGAAUCAUAUCUACAACAAUCAGCCAAACCUAAAGUUUAGGGAAUUAGUGGAACACGUGAUCCAACAACUCGAGGGGGCGUUUGCCUUGGUAUUCAAGAGCAAGCAUUAUCCGGGACAGUGUGUGGUCACCCGACGAGGCAGUCCCCUCUUAGUGGGCAUCAAAACUAAAACAAACCUUAUUUCAGAUCACAUUCCCAUUAUAUAUAGCAGUAAAGAAGUUAAAAAAAUGCCACUUUCGGCAAAGAACUCUUUGGGAGAGGACCGCUGGGACUUACGGUCUCCUCUCAGCCGACAGAAUAGCAUUCAGAUAACUACUACUGAUGACAACGAAGAUCUGCAUCCGAGGAAUGGCCUGUCGACGAGUGCUGUGGUCGGCGGCAAACUGGCCCGAAGUCAGUCCACCACACAAUUUACGCCAUUAAAUGACGACAAAGUGGUCGAGUAUUUGUUCGCAUCCGAUGCCAGUGCUAUCAUUGAACACACAAAUCGUGUCAUAUAUCUGGAGGACGACGACGUGGCCUCAGUAGAAGAAGGCCUUCUGACAAUACAUCGACUUAAGCGUACAUUAGAUGACUCUUCACUGCAUCGGGAGAUCAUAACACUGAAGCUGGAGAUCCAGCAGAUAAUGAAAGGCAACUUCAACUCAUUCAUGCAGAAGGAGAUCUUCGAACAGCCGGAGUCUGUCAUCAAUACGAUGAGAGGAAGGGUUAACUUCGAGAACGAGGCCAUCAUUCUCGGAGGGAUCAAGGAUUACAUACCGGAGAUUAAGCGGUGCCGGCGUUUGCUGCUAAUCGGCUGCGGAACCAGUUAUCACAGCGUUAUCGCCACGCGACAAAUACUGGAAGAGUUGACUGAACUGCCGGUGAUGAUAGAGUUGGCGAGCGAUUUCCUCGACCGAAACACACCCAUCUUCAGAGACGACGUGUGUUUCUUCAUCUCGCAAUCGGGCGAAACGGCCGACACUUUAAUGGCGUUACGGUAUUGCAAACAGAGGGGCGCUCUGAUUGUGGGCAUCACUAACACUGUGGGCAGCAGUAUAUGCCGUGAGAGCCACUGCGGCGUUCACAUCAACGCCGGACCCGAGAUCGGCGUCGCCUCCACUAAGGCCUAUACGAGUCAAUUCAUAUCUUUGGUGAUGUUUGCGCUCGUUAUGAGCGAAGACCGUAUAUCACAACAGCCCCGACGCAGCGAAAUCAUACAGGGGUUGAAACGACUGCCCGAUCAGAUCAAACAAGUGCUCGAACAGGACAGUCAUGUACUCGACAUCGCCAAAGAGCUCUAUCAACAGAAGUCUCUUUUGCUUAUGGGUCGCGGUUGGAAUUACGCAACUGUGCUUGAGGGAGCGCUGAAAAUCAAAGAGUUAACUUACAUGCAUUCGGAGGGCAUACUCGCCGGUGAGCUAAAACACGGACCGCUGGCCCUCAUUGACAAACAGAUGCCCGUAAUAAUGGUGGUCACCAGAGAUCCCGUGUAUGUUAAGUGUAUAAACGCAUUGCAACAGGUGUUGGCGCGCGACAGUCGACCUAUCAUUAUAUGCGAAGACACGGACACCGAGACCCAGAAGUACGCGUUCCGGUCGCUGAAGAUCCCGCACACAGUCGACUGUUUGCAAGGAAUCCUAUCCGUCAUUCCUCUACAACUACUCUCAUACCAUAUCGCAGUCCUCCGCGACUGCAAUGUCGACUGUCCCCGAAAUCUGGCCAAAUCUGUUACCGUUGAAUAACCGGUUCAUUCCAGUGGACACACAAACACACGAAGACAAUUGGAUUCAAUGAAAAUACAUUCAACUAAAAACCAUUUUUCAAAAAAAAAAGUUUUAUUUUGUUUUCUUAACUUUAUUUUCUAUUUUAUUAUUAUAUU